GUUAAUCAAGCCAUCAGAUAUUAAAUAAUACAAAAUUAUUUUCAGACAAAUCAACAAAACACGGACGCGAAAUCAACCAAUUAAAUCCACUUUCUCUCACCAUCUCACGUCCGAUCUCUCUCUCUCUCUGAGCUCUCUUCACGAGUCAACCCCUUCUCUGUCGCAAUUCGCAUGCUUCACCUGUACGAGAGAAGAAGAUGACUAUGACGGAGGAGAAACCAACUUCCGACGGCAAAGGAGGUUGGGGUUUCUUCAAGAUUCCAUUUCGUAACUCAAGCGGUCACGGAAACGCCGCUUCUAGUGCUGCUACUUCUCCGUUUCCAUCUGGUGCUUCGUCUUCUUCUACUUCUUCUCAUCUCCAUAACCAUCAUCAACAUCAACAUCAACAACAUCACCAUCAUCAUCAUCAUCAGCAUCAUCAUCAGCUUGGUUAUAACGGUCCUCAUGGUGAUGGAUCGGGUCAAAAUCAACACCCGACUCCUUCUCCUUCAGUUUCUUCUGUUGCUAAGUCGUUUCUUCCUACUAAACGAAGAUUGAAGCUUGAUCCUUCUGAGAAACUCUAUUUUCCUUAUGAACCUGGGAAGCAAGUAAGGAGCGCUAUUAAGAUUAAAAAUACCAGCAAAUCACAUGUAGCCUUCAAGUUUCAAACAACUGCACCGAAGAGUUGCUUCAUGCGUCCACCUGGUGCUAUUCUUGCUCCUGGAGAGACUAUUAUUGCUACUGUGUUCAAAUUUGUUGAGCCUCCUGAGAAUAAUGAGAAGCCAAUGGAUCAAAGGAGCAGAGUUAAAUUUAAAAUCAUGAGCCUGAAAGUGAAAGGUCCAAUGGACUAUGUGCCUGAGCUGUUUGAUGAGCAAAAGGAUGAUGUGUCUAAAGAGCAAAUAUUGCGUGUGAUUUUCCUGGAUCCCGAGCGCCCCAACCCUGCGCUGGACAAACUGAAGCGCCAGUUAGCAGAAGCGGAUGCAGCGGUGGAGGCACGAAAGAAACCUCCAGAGGAAACAGGUCCAAAGAUCAUUGGAGAAGGGCUUGUGAUCGAUGAAUGGAAGGAGCGUCGAGAGAGAUAUCUUGCACAGCAACAAGGCGAAGGAGCUGAUUCUGUCUGAGAGACUAAAAAAGUUUUCUCAGGACAAAAACUAGUGUGCUUGUGAAGAAGAAGAAGAAGAAGAGACCGCGAUAUUGAAUUUAUAUGCUAACUUCUAGAUUCAUAAUGCAAUCUAAGGAUCAUGUUGGUAAAAAAAAAAGACCAUGAAGAAACUUUUCAUGUAAAAAAGAAAUGUAAACUUGGGUUUGAUGAUAAUGAAUUGUUCAUGUUAAGUACUAAA